AUGGGUCUCUUCAGUCGCAAUCAAAUGCCUGUGGACGGCAAGACCGUGCUCCUCACUGGGGCGUCAGAGGGCAUGGGCCUCGAAGUCGCGAAACAGCUUGCUGCAAAGGGUGCGAACCUCAUUCUCGUUUCCCGGAGCGUCGGCAAGCUCGAAGAAGCCAUUCUGUCACUCAAGGCAGUAGCAAAACACCCCGAGACCCAACGAUUCCUCUACAUCUCCGCCGACGUCUCCGCCCCCGACUACGCCGGCCCCCUCAUCGCCGAAGCCAUAGCCUGGAACGCCGGCCGCGCCCCCGACAUCGUCUGGUGCAUAGCCGGCAUGUGCGCCCCGGGCCUCUUCGUCGAAACUCCCUUCUCCAACGUGCGCGAGCACAUGGAUCUCAACUUCUACGGCAUGGCCGAAAUGUCCCACGCCAUCCUCCGCGAGUGGCUAAGCCCAACCGCCCCCGUCGAACAGCAACCCAAACACCUCGUGCUCACGUCCAGCGUCGUCGCCUUCUACACGAUAGCCGGAUACGGCGGCUACGCUCCCGCCAAGAGCGCGAUACGUGCUCUCGCGGAUACAAUUUCGCAGGAGGUCAUGCUCUAUCCGCAAAAGGUGGCUGUGCAUGUCGUGUACCCCGGUUCGAUCGACUCGCCUGGGUUGGAGAGGGAGAAUAAGCUGAAGCCCGAGAUUACGCUGUUGAUGGAGAAGGAUGACCCCGUGCAGAGCGCGGAGGAGGUCGCUUCGAGGGCUAUUGCCGGGCUCGAGAGGGGGGAUUUCUUCAUUACCGUAUCGUGGUUGGGACAUUUGAUGAAGUGGGGUGUUAUGGGAGGUUCGUUGAGGAAUAACUGGGUCGUGGAUACGUUGAUGCAGAUUGUGGUUGCGAUUUCGUGGAUUAUUGCUCAGCCUGUCAUGCUGGGUACGGUGAGGAAGUUUGCGAGGGAGAAUGGGCAUCCGAGCACAUACAAGAAAAAGAAUGGUGCAUGA